UACAAACAUCUGCGGUUUCUCAGUCAGUGUGUGACUCAUUCAUUCGGCAUCAUACACAUUUGACCAAACGUAGUUCAAACGAUACAUUCAUGAUACAGGAAAAGGGUUUCAAGCAAAGUAUUUCAAGGUCAAUCUUUGCCGUCGAUGCUUUGUUCUCUGGUAGUUCAGCAGCGAGAACGGCCGCACUCCAGUUCUUGAGAAGUUUAACAGAAAACUCAUCUGUUCCUGUCUCCGUUGAAAAGAAAAUCACUCAAGCGCUUCGAUACGAGGUAAAAUGUCAGCUGUGCUGCCCAUACAAGUGAUAAAUCUUAUUGCUUGCACGACAAAAAGGAGGUUUUGAAAAUUGUUUUUUAGAAUUUGAGUGCAGCAGGAGCAGAGCAGAAUCUUCAGGAUGGCGAGCACCCUGCAGUCUGCAAAAGAAUUCCUAAAAAAAGGUCGAACUCUGCUAACUACCAGUAACCUGAAUCGUGAUCCUGUAUUUGAAGGCUUAAAUGAAUGCAAAUUCUUCAAAAAUUAUGAACUUGAUUUAGUGAACUCUGCAGCAGAUAGAUGGGAAAGUUUGCUCGACACAGUUAUUUCUAAAGGAGAAGAAGCAUGUUAUACAUUUUUAAAAAUUCUUGACAAGACAAGAUUUGAAGUAUUUCCAAGACCUGGUUUACAGUAUCCAGAUUUACAUCACUGGAUUAGCUGCUUCUCUUUCCAGGAUGAACCACAACCGCAAACUUCAAGCAAACCAGACACUGAUCCAUGUACCGCCUACCAAGGUCUUUUGCGACUAAAAGCAAGACAAAUACUGGAUGAUAAAUGGAAUCAAAGCAUGAACUUCUUGAAAAAUGAGCCAAAAAGAAAACCUUUUAAAUACAUACCUCUUGUUCUGGACACAGAUUCCAUCACAGUUACAAAGCUUAAAAAAACAAAGGAACAUAAAAGUCGCUGGAAAAAUCUUAAGAUCUGCAUUCCAACAGAUAGAAAAAUGCUGUCACCUAAACACUUACUAAUGAAUGAUGAGAAAACCAUCCUACUUGUGGGGAAACCUGGAGUGGGAAAGACAACGGUUGCAUUGGAGAUUCUUCGACUUUGGAUAGAAGAGAAAAGCAUUCAAGUGAAUUAUAUGUUUUAUUUUGACGAGGCACUGAUGAGAACCUUCUCCCAGUCUCCAUUACCUCAGACCUUGAAUGAUCUUCUUUUCAACCACUAUAUAUACCCAAAUGAAGGAUCAGAUCAUGUGCUGGAAAAUAUUGAGAGAAAUUCAGAGAAUGUUGUCCUAAUUUUUGAUGGCAUCAUUGAUGUGAUUGACAACUCCGUGAUUAAACAGCUCAUGGAUAAAGAACUUUUAAUGGAUGCAAAAGUCUUGACCACCUGCCGACCAGAAGCUGAGGAUGAAGGCUACCUGUCGGUUUGGUCAUCUUACAGAGUAGAGGUUCUGGGAUUUAAUCAUGAAUCCAUUCAUGAAUACUUUAAAUGGAUGUUGGGAACAGAGGCUGAUUCGGGUGUCUGUGCUUUAGACAACCUAGAGCUAUUUAGUUUGUGCUCUGUGCCACUGUAUGCCUUCAUAGUAACUGCCUGUAUUUUAAUAAGUCCCACUGAAACCAGAAAUAAGUCAUUUACAAUUACAGAGAUGUAUGUCAGAAUCUUUCGCUUUUGCAUGAAACAGCACGGGAACAAAGAUGUGGAGCAGUUGGAUGCGUACAUUACAGACAACAAGAAAGACAUUGUAUUCUUAGCUCAAGCCUCAUAUGACGCAAUGCUAGCAAAGACCGUGAACCUGACACAUUUGGACCAUACGCACAGAUCUGUGCAAAAUGCUUUCCUGAGCAGAAAUCCAUCUGCACCCUCUCUCAAAGUGUCUGCAUUCCUUCACAAUACAAUGCAAGAGUUUUGGGUAGCUCUCUUUCUCAUUUUAUAUCCUGAGAAUAUUCCUAAAGUGCUGACUCAAUGUCAGAGCGAUGAAGAAGGAAAAUACCUCAAAUAUAUCAUCCCUUUUUUGUCUGGUCUUCUGUCCGAUCCACUGGUCGAAUAUAUAAAAUGUUUGGUUCCGGUAGAACAGAUACAAGCCACACGUACCGAGUACUUUCCACAGAUUAUAGACACUUUUCUUUACACUAAGGAACUGAAUCAAGAAGGAGUUGGUGAGCAGUUUGUGGAAGCUGACAACAUCCUUUUUGUGUGUCGAUGCCUUUAUGAGUAUCAGUCUCCUGAAGCAUGCCAACACUUCCUCAAUAAGGUUCAAUGUGAGCUUGAUUUACAGGACCAAGAUCUUGAUCCCUAUCAGUGCUGUGUGGUAUCCUAUGUGGUCAGUCAUUCUAAGAAUCACACUGUUCAUCUGGACCUCACGAAUUGUAACAUUCCUGACCCCGGGUUAAAACUUAUCCUGGGGUCACUAUAUAAACUCAAAUCUCUCAGGCCAUCAUGCAAGUCUCAGAUGUGGAGAGUGGCUUGUGAAACGGAACAGUUUUUCGAUUUUGAUAGUCUGUUUAGACUAUUUAAAUUUGAAAUGCACUUUAAUGUGCAUGAAAAACAAGACCAGAAAGUUUUUCAAAAAAUGAGAGAACUCCUCAAGCAGAAGCGAUCAGAGACUGUUCAUCUUUAUCUGCAUGUAAAUGAAGACAAAAUAACAAGGUCUUUGCAGCAGACCAUUUUUGAGAGCCUACCCAAUAUUGCAACAAUUAGGAUUUUUCCCAGUUACAUGAAAUUGGCUAUAGAAUCAGAGCUGUUCCUUCAAGGAGCUAUGUAUGAGAUAAAGACAAGUCAACGUUGUAUAAGGAAUCUACUGUCUGUGCUCAGCAGUAAUGAAAGAGAAAACUUUGAGGAUCAGCGUGAUUUUUUACUGAAACUGCAUGCACAUGCUAAGAUCAUGGAUGCUUGUGCGGCUUUACAACCUGUGUUCCAUGCAUUGCCGCCUGUAUGGGUUGUAAAGUUUUCAAACACAGAAAUGUCACUGCUCCUCCAGAUCAUGAAGGCUCUGAAUUUAAAGAAGCCAGCUGAUUUAGAUGUCACUUAUGAGCACGGUGAACUUAAACGAUUUCUUCAAUGCAUGCCCUAUAUUACAGAGAUUAGGUUCAGUAGUGCUCUCAGACAGCCUGAGGACAUCCCCAAGAUUGUGAAGAUUGUUGCCGACCUUUUCAUUUUUGCAUCUGAAAGCGGAGAGGAGACACUAAGUAGCCUUUCUGCAGCAUGCAGUUACCCAACCUUCCCAUUUGUUCAAGACACUAAAGAUGUGCAGAGCUUUUUCUUUUUAGAUCUCUUCGCCCAGCUGAGUAAAAGUUCAGCAUGGGAGAUGGUACUGCCUUCAUUGGAGCCCAUUUUUAAGGUUGCCCCAUUUAUAUGGAAAUUGGAUCUAUCAAAACUACAGAAGACAUUUCCUUUAAAUGAUCUAUUAAAGCUCGGGUCUAUCCAAAAAUCUGUGGAGCUCAGGAGCUGGUCAUUUGACAAAGACCAACUUAAGAGUUUCCUAAAUUGUUUACCCUAUAUUUCACAUCUUAGCUGUGCUGAGGAGUUUUUCCAGGCAGUGUGUGAAAUUGUCUCAGUAGACAAGGAAUGGAACCCAAAACAAGUCACUGAGCUGUUAAGACUGCUUGGUUUUAACAUUUCAUUGACAGAGAUGCUUCCAAGACGCCUAUGUAAGGCUGUUGCGAGCGUGUUUGAUCUUCUGGAUGAUGAGAAGGUUUCUUUAAGCCUUCUCCCUAAGAGCAUCUCUUGUCACGGUUCUGCUUUUCUCUUUUCAAACGUAAAAAGGCUUCAGACAUUAAGAGUAAAUGAAAUUGCAACUUCAAAGCUAGCGAGGCUGGUGAAGUCAGCUAAGUCGGGAACAAAACCCAUAACUGUGAAAAACUGUCUUUGUCUAGCUCUUCUCUACCAGAGAAAUCACUUUGUCAGCUGUUAAGUAGCCUGAAUUUUCUUCUUAGUGUCUGGACAGUUCACAACUUGGAUGUUUCAGAAUUUAAAAUAGAGGCUUACUUAUUCAUAUCCCUCUUGAGUCUGCAGAGUCCCCUGUCUAUUAGGUAAGUGUGCAUAUUUAUUAGUGGUUUGUUUUAAUGGCCAAUACUGAGAAAGCAAUGUGGCUGAUUGGGCAAUAUGAGGCCGAUAUAACACAAAUGUAAUUACAGUAAAUGAGUGACAGACAGAAUUUUGUUUAUUGAUUUUUCAUUGACAUAACAAACCAUGAGGUAAUAUUUCAAGAAUCAAAAUAGUGUCAGGUAUGACAGACAGAAAAUUGUUGAAACUAAAUAAACAUUUAUUGUGCAUAAUAUUUAUAAACACAUCAUUUUUAACCCAUUACCUGCCCGCAUUUUUUUGUGAUUUUCACAAAAGUUUCACAAAAUGCCUUCCAGAAAGUUCUCUUCUAUAAAUACACUCACCUAAAGGAUUAUUAGAACACCUGUUUAAUUUCUCAAUAAUGCAAUUAUCUAAUUAACCAAUCACAUGGCAGUUGCGUCAACGCAUUUAGGGGUGUGGUCCUGGUCAAGACAAUCUCCUGAACUUCAAACAAUGUCAGAAUGGGAAAGAAAGGUGAUUUUGAGCGUGGCAUGGUUGUUGGUGCCAGACGGGCCGAUCUGAGUAUUUCACAAUCUGCUCAGUUACUGGGAUUUUCACACACAACCAUUUCUAGGGUAUACAAAGGAUGGUGUGAAAAGGGAAAAACAUCCAGUAUGCGGCAGUCCUGUGGGCAAAAAUGCCUUGUUGAUGCUAGAGCACACAGAAGUGGUGUGCACAUCACAUAAGCCCAAAUUUGGGACAGGUGCAGGACAACUGUAUAUACAAUCAAAUAAUACAACGUGAAGUCCGCACACUGAAAACACCUUAGGUGUUCCUCACUUACAUUGAGAUUGUGCCUGAUGAAGACCCGAGGGUCGAAACAUUGCCUUUUAAAUAAAUAUUUGUAUGGAGCAGUAUUUUUCAGUGUGC